ACUAACGAACAGGUGCUGUUUUACAUAUAUACAGCUGUCCAUUUACCUGUGUAUACGGAGGAAUAAAUAAAUCAUAGUAAUAAUAUGUAACAGGAGAAAAAAAAUUGAAGGAAAAGAAUCAAGGAAAACAGGUCAACCAAUUGCGACGUAAAAAGUUUGGUCGAUCGAGAUUUUAAGAGUCGACAUUAUAAUAAAUAGAAUCCAAUUGAACAGGUACGAUAAUCAAAUCGUCAACAAUAAUUCCACAUUGUGAGAAUAAAAUAGAAAAUGGAGAAAUCCGGUGCAUCAGACAUUGUUAUCGUCUCUGGUAAUUCUCACCCCGAGCUUGCAGAAUUAAUAGCAAAUCGUUUAGGCGUUAAAAAUGGUGGUUGUACUGUUUACCACAAAAGUAACCGGGAGACAAUGGUUGAAAUAGGGGAUUCGGUUCGUGGGAAGGAUCUCUAUAUCAUCCAAACUGGUACAAAAGAUGUAAACAAUAAUAUUAUGGAGUUAUUGAUAAUGGCUUACGCCUGCAAGACUUCGUCAGCUAAAAACAUCAUUGGGGUGAUUCCAUAUUUACCCUAUUCCAAACAAUGUAAGAUGCGUAAACGAGGCUGUAUUGUAUCGAAACUUCUAGCCAAGAUGUUGUGCAAAAGUGGUCUUACACAUAUUAUUACCAUGGAUUUGCAUCAAAAGGAAAUUCAAGGGUUCUUCGAUUGUCCAGUCGAUAAUUUACGCGCCAGUCCAUUUUUACUGCAGUAUAUUCAAGAGAGUAUUCCAGAUUAUCGAAAUUCUGUUAUUGUCGCUAAAAAUCCUGGAAGUGCAAAGAAAGCCACGAGUUAUGCUGAGAGAUUGAGAGUGGGGAUAGCCGUUAUUCAUGGUGAGCAGAGAGAAUCAGAAUCUGAUAUGAAUGAUGGUAGAAAUUCACCACCAUCAGUAUUACUGUCAUCAAGAACAAUGGAAGUAGGUGUUGGGGUUCCUUCCCAUCCUGCUAAAGAGAAACCACCAAUUAACGUGGUUGGGGAUGUAAGCGGUCACAUUGCCAUAAUGGUGGAUGAUAUGGUCGAUGAUAUGCAGUCAUUCGUUGCGGCAGCUGAAUUAUUAAAAGAACGAGGAGCAUACAAAAUUUAUGUUCUCGCAACUCAUGGACUUCUCAGCUCAGACGCUCCAAAACUCAUCGAGGAAUCCCCCAUCGACGAGGUGGUUGUGACUAACACAAUUCCCCAUGAAUUGCAAAAAAGUCAAUGCGCCAAGAUAAAAACUGUUGAUAUCAGUAUACUCCUUGCAGAAGCUAUCCGCCGAAUGCAUAACAAGGAAUCCAUGUCGUACUUGUUUAGGAACGUCACCACAGAGGAUUAAAUUGAAACCGCGAGUUAUGGUUAUUUUCUUAUAAAACGUACUAGCUUUUGUGUAACGAUGAAAACGAGGAAAUGUUAUGAGUGUAGAUUCGAUAAGAUUCAAUUAAUCAGAUUGUGAGUAUCGUCUGAGGGAAAUGAUAAACUCGAUAGCGAUCCUUUGGUCACUGUUUCAACUACUUUAGGGACCACAUGAGAAUCAUGUUUGUUUCGUAAUUUUCUACAAUCAACCGAAGAGUACACAGUACUGAAUAUUUCAGGGGCAUGCAUGAAUUUG